AACUUAGUCAAAUUUAAGUAACAUUUAUCACCAACCAGGACGAAUUGUUUAAGGGUGAAAAUCACAUUUGGCUAAUUUGUCAUCAGCUGAAAGUGUGUCUGCUUUACACAGCGUCUUGCUGCCCCCUUUAAGGCCUCGUGGAUAAUUAGGGCGUGGCGUCGGGUUGCUCGUCGCUUUAAUAAGGUGACGGGUGCGCGCAUGUAACCCUCCCCAGCAUCAGGACCUGGACGCGCACACUAGACGAUGCUUAUAAGUGAAGCGGUGCUGCUGGGCUCGUAAAGAGCAACGGAUCUCACUAUCCGGCGAAUUAAAGAGGGAAAUAUAAGGCUUUGCUAUCCUAUAUCGUGGUGGGCAUGAACGGGGUGAGAAGCGGUUCCGUCAUGGAGCAGGACACGUUCGGCUGUACCGUGAUGAACCGCUUCGACCACCUCCUCGACGACGAUGCCGACCCGUUUGACAUACUCCGGGAGGCAGAGCUGGGGAAGGAGAAAAAGAAAGAGGAGUUAAGACGGGGGAGCGAGGGGAAGCCCGGAAAGAAGGGAUCCCAAAAAGAUAGGAAGACCCCGUCGUUUUGGAAAGGAAACGCUGCUCCAAUGACUGAUGCCACGGGUAACAGGUUCUCCUACGGCAGACAGAUCCAGAAUGAAAACAGGGGUGUAGUGGAAGUGGAGAGGGGUGAAAGACGCCCCGUCUUUAGGGAGCAGCGAUUCAACGUAAUGGAGCCCCUGCAGGAACGCGUCUCUGACAAACCAGGUGAGAAGUUUGAGAGGGGUAACUGGGACCGUGCCAGGGCCCGAAUGGCAUAUCCCAGGUUCACUGAUGGCUUCGACCAGAGAGGCAAGAGACAAUUUGAGCACCAGAGUGGCAGCAUGCAAUCUGGCGUUCGUCCUGAUGAGAAGCGUGAAGGAGGUGGACCACGAAACUGGGGCUCCAUGAAGGACCCAGAUAGAGGGUUUGGGGUGGAAUUGACUCCCCCAGAGGAAGCUGGCGAUGUUGAUGAGUCUCGAGGAGCUACAGAAACGUCUGGGGAGAGCCAGGCAGCAGAAGAGGGAGAUUGCAUCCCGGACGUUGUCAUGGAGAUGUCCCUGGAUGAGUGGAAGGCCCUGCAGGAGCAGUAUAGACCAAAGGUGGAGCUGAAUCUCCGCAAACCUGAAAGCAAGGUGCCCAAAAAGGCGGUGGUCAUUCAUAAAUCCAAAUACUACCAGGGUAAGGAACCACUACUUGAGGUGGAUGAAGACCUGUACUCUUUCAGACGCCCUGCCAAUGAUAUCACUUCCUCGCUGGACAUUAACUUUGGCAGCCUGUCACGUCCCAGCAGGGGUGGUCGAGGUGGUCGUGGGGGCAGAGGCCGUGGAAGUUCUGCAGUCCCACCAGAUACUCUGAAAUAUGAUGUGGCUCGAGUUCUUGCACCAAACCCGGACGACAUGGAGGAUUUCCCUGCUCUGGCCUGAGGGGACCCCUGACACACAUGGGGGGGGGGGGGGGCAGCUGUGCUUCCAGGAUCUAAGCGUUCUUGCUGCUAAAUUUGUCUGUGCCUCUUGAAUCUCGCACUUCUAAUUUUGAACAUUUUCUUGUUCAUUCCAAAGUACUGUUUUUCCAGAUGGGAGACUGCUGCUUUUCCUUUAGCCAGAAUGAUAGCAUUCCUCAAAAUGGUUGUUUUUGUGUGUAUGACUGCUUGAUGUAGAAAAGGGAUUAAAAUGCACUGUUCACAA